UUAUCAUUAAAAACACACAUAACAAGCAACCAAACACAACAAAAUGCCUUGACUCUUCAUUUCCCCUAUCUUCUUCGAUCGAUCAAUUUCUCCAUUUUCUUUGCUUAUCCAACAAACACUGAAAUAUGGUUAUGAUGUGUUGAUUUAAGUGUAGAAGAAGGAGUUAAUUUGAAGAAAAAUGGGCCGGGGAAGAGUGCAGUUGAAGAGGAUCGAGAACAAGAUCAACAGACAGGUAACAUUUUCAAAGAGAAGGUCUGGUUUGCUGAAGAAAGCCAACGAGAUCUCAGUGCUUUGCGAUGCUGAAGUGGCUCUCAUCGUUUUCUCCACUAAAGGAAAGCUUUACGAGUACUCCAGCGACCCCUGUAUGGAAAGAAUUCUUGAACGGUAUGAGAGAUAUUCAUAUGCAGAUAAGAGGCAGGCUGAUGCAAAUGAUCAGGCUCCAAGUGAAAAUUGGGUUCUUGAACAUGCAAAGCUUAAGGCUAGGAUGGAAGUCUUACAGAGAAAUCAAAGGAAUUUCAUGGGAGAAGAGCUGGAUAGCUUAAGUCUCAAGCAGCUUCAGAAUUUGGAACAGCAACUUGAUUCCGCUCUCAAACACAUUAGAUCACGAAAGAACCAAGCCUUGUUUGAAUCUAUUUCAGAGCUUCAAAAAAAGGAUAAGGCACUUCAGGAACAAAACAACUUGCUGACCAAGAAGAUAAAGGAAAAAGAGAAGGCCAUCACCACCCAAGAGGAGCAAGAGGGGCUUCAAAAUAGUGCAAAUGUUGCCUCUGGCCUAGUAACUCAACCAUUGGAGUCCAUGAACAUUGGAGGCUCCCCAGAAGCCAGAUGUGAUGAAAGAACUCCAACUCCUACUCCUACUCCAACUCGAGCUAACACCAUUAAUCUUCCCCCUUGGAUGCUUCGUCCUACAAAUGAUCAAUAGAAGACUAAUUAAUAUAUUACAUUGUACAACUUUUCAUAUUGAUAAAUUCAAAAGCAUAUAUAGUCAAUCAAAAUUAAGGCAUUUGAUUAGUGAUAACUAUACCUGGAUUCCGAUCUGUAUGUAUCAUGUCUCACUGCAUUUCAAUGCUGCUGGGCUAUAUCUAGGCCUCUAUAUAUAGUAUAAUAACAUUUUCCUAUCAGCCUAUGGCAUGGGAACUUUUGUAUUUGUUAUUUAAAUUGUUUUAUAAAAUAAUUCUCUUGGAAAACUUUAAUAUUA